CCUUGCGCCGUUCGAAUCGCAGCCGAAUCGCAGCACCACCCACACGGCCAUCGUCCAUUCUCCACCACUCACCACUUACCACCCACCAUCAACCGCCCACCUGCCUUUCGGGCCGCAAGGUUGGCAAAAUACAGUUAUUCGAGCGCGAAUCCGCGGUGGCUGAUUUCUUGAAUUGAAUAUAAAGUUGCAAGUCGCGUGAGUCCUUCGUGUGACGAGGAGCUCUGUGCACAAAAAGGAUAUUUAUUUGCCAGGCCAGUGUGUGUGCCUAUUUGUCUUGGGUCGUGUCGUGUCGGGUCAGUUGAGCGUUCAAGGACUCUGCUGCAGCAACUACAAAAUAGCAAGAAAAAAGACCAGUGCCAGAAACAACAAUAUGUGUGCAAUAAAGGCGUGAAACGUGACAGCAACGUGCCAAUAGGCGGAGGCAUUGAAAAGCUGAAAGGAACACACAUUUGAGAGCCAGAGAAACCGAACCGAGAAAAUAUUGCAGUUGACUCCGCUUGUACUUUUCGAGUCCGUGAUGCAUUUCUGGAUUGACAAGCGAUCGCAGCAGUGCGGAUUUGGACGCUCCCGGGUGGCGGCUUCCCUAUCGCAUGCUGGGAGCGGACUCAGCUAUGGCCAUCCGCCACGAAGGACCAAGUCCACCAGCUGCAGCAGCAACAGUACUGGAAGCAGCGGCCAGACAAUGCCCUCCGUGCACCGAACCCUGCCGCAGACGCCCUACGAUCUCCACCAGCCGGGCACAAGUCGCCAAUCGCAGUCGUCGUAUGGCAACAACAAUUCCCUGCACGGCCAGCAGCAGCAACAUUCCAGCGGUGGUGGCACAAACAAUAACAAUAACCUGGCUGCCACCGGUACAACAACAACUGCCAGCAACAAUAACAAUGCCAGCUCCUCGGCAGCUGUCCUUACCGGAAGUGGAACCAUCGUUCCCCUGGUGGCACGUGGCUCGCACUACAAUCACCACGGCAGCACGCGCUAUCAGCCGAGAGCACAGCAGCAGCAACUUUUGCACCACCAGCAGCAGCAACAUCAGCAGCAGCAGCAACACUACAGCUAUCACCAUCCGCAAUUCGGCAACAUGGCUGUGCCCGUGAGACACUACGAUGCACAUCAGCAACAGCAGCAGCAAUAUUCGGGCAAUGUCUAUGCCGAUGAUGCCUACAGCGCCUAUCACCACACCGCCCAUCACCAGCACAGCAGCAAUCACUCGACCAGCGGCAGCAACAACCAGCGACAAUCGACCGCCUACGCCACGCCCCGUCGCCACAACUCCAGCAGCAACAUGCGGCACUCCACAGCAGCAGCAACAUCAGGGGCAGCAGCUGCAACAGAAGCAGCAACUUUGGCCAGUCCAGCGGCAACAGUUGCUGCUGUACCAGCGACAACGCACAGCAACCAGUUGCAGCAGCAACACCACGCAUUGCUGCAGCACGCGGACUCGCAACUGUUGCCCAGUCACCUGAAAUGCGGCAUGUGCGCCUCGCUGGUGCUGGCCUCCGUUUUUGUGGCCGGAACUAAGUUCUACUUCGACCAUCAGGGCACUGGAUUGGAGGUGCUGAUCUUCUGCGCCUUCUCGGCAACCUUCUUCCUGGCCGCCUGCCUGGUCAGUCUGUGCAGGAUUCCCAAGGGCCUGCUCUCGAAUUCCAAUCGCUCGGAUGGUCGUGCAGCCGUUUGCCACACUCGUGGUGUGAACUCGUCCUUGGCGGGAUCGGGAUCGGGAACGGCCCAGUCCGCCGGCUGUCUGCUGGAGAUGAGCGAGGUGCGGUACCUGGAGGAGCGACAGGUGACCCCCGUGGGCGGUACGGCGGCCACAGCCGGCCCGCCGCCCUACCACAUUGCCAUAUUGCUGCCGGAACAGACGCCGGCGACAAUGGGCAAACAACUCCCGAUGGAUGAGUCGCCGCCGCCGUCAUAUGACAAGAUUCUCGUAUAGGCUGUCGGGGUAUUGAGCCUCGGUUAGAGUUCGCGAACCCCAGAUCCUUGAUACCCGUUCGAUGUACUUUUGCUCAGUAUUUUUCUAAAAAAAAAAAAAACAAAAGAUAUCACAGUUUAUAUAUGAACAUUUACACGGCAAUGAUAUAUAUAUAUCAAGUAAACAUAUUUACAUACACGAAUAUUUACUUUUAAGCUCCGAAUAAUAUUUUUACACUUUCUAUGCCCCGUACUAGAAAACCAAACUCUUCCACUCUAGACCCGAACAUGUCAUAUUCUACUGUCAUUUUUGUUCUGUGAUAUGCUCAAGAGAUCAAGAAAUCAUAAGUUAUAGUGACCGCGAGAUCAAAGUAUAUUAAACCAUUAGCUUCAAAACACGACAAGCCAAUGCAACGAGGAAAAAAUGUAGAAAUAGCUGAUACAGAAACUAAUGAAUUCAAGCAGCAGUAUUAGUAGGCAGUUAAGAAACAAAUAAAUUACCAAUCAAAUGCCCCGUUCUCUUACAAAAUAUUAAAACAGAGCGCAAUAUAUUAAGUAAAUACGACA